AUCUUUCAUUCACGUGCGUUUGGAGACAACACGGACUGUCAUUCCUGCAUCGUAUUUCUUCCAAACAAUUCUCGGGCCACAGGCAACUCGACCAACCAACAAGAACACCCCCUUCUGGACACCUCAAACAUGGCCACUCAAAAUGGCAAUGCUCGCCAACAUCAAGCAAAUGGAAAGAUUGCCGAACACGAACUCGGACUCACACUCGGCGGCAAGAACGAUCCAGCUCUCAAACCCAACGCCGAAGCCAAAAGUGCCGACACCUUGCUCAACCUCAUCAUCUGCGCCGGAGGAAUCUACGCAUCGUUUCUAACAUGGGGCGUCCUCCAAGAACGCAUCACAACGACCAACUACGGCACUCCCACCAAUCGCGAAGUCUUCCAAUACCCCGUCGUCGUCAACACGGUGCAAUCCCUCUUCGCCGCCUCUCUCGGCUACCUCUACCUCCUCUUCACCCGUCCAACUCCUGCCUCCAUGCCCGUCAUUCCCUCCCGCAAGAUCCUCGGUCCUCUCUGUCUGGUCGCCAUCAUCUCCUCCGUCUCCUCGCCCAUCGGCUACGCCAGCUUACAACACGUCGACUACAUCACCUUCAUCCUCGCCAAGUCCUGCAAAUUAUUGCCCGUCAUGUUCCUGCACGUCACGCUAUAUGGGAAACGGUAUCCUUUCUACAAGUACGCCGUCGUGGCACUCGUCACCGCGGGAGUGGCGAUUUUCACGUUGCAGUCGGGUGGUGGGAAGAAGAAGAAGACCAACAGUGGGAAUAGUAUCUACGGUCUUGUCCUUCUCAGCAUCAACCUCCUCUUUGACGGAUUGACAAAUUCCACGCAGGAUGAUAUUUACGCCAAAUUUCGCGGAUAUACGGGGAAGCAAAUGAUGGUCGCCCUCAAUAUCAUGAGCACGAUCUUGACGACCUUGUUCCUGCUGCUCUCGCCAUACAUCGCGCAGACUGGAGUGGGCGCAAUGGUCGGCAUUAGCACUGGCAAGGGAGCCGGCGAGCUCUGGGAUGCCAUCGCAUUCAUCCAACGUCACCCAGCCGUGGGUCGGGACAUUCUCAUGUUUGGCGCAGCGGGUGCCUUGGGGCAGGUCUUCAUCUUCAUGACGCUCUCCAUCUUCGGCAGUCUCGUCCUCGUGACCGUGACCGUCACCCGCAAGAUGCUGACCAUGAUCCUCUCGGUCGUGUACUUUGGGCACGCGCUCACCGCGGGUCAGUGGGUGGGUGUGGGAUUGGUGUUUGGCGGAGUGGGGAUUGAAGGAUACCUGACCAAAGUCGAGAAGGCGCAAAAGGCGAGGGAGAAGAAGAAGGCAUAGCCAGCUUUCUUGUCGCAAGGGGUAGCAGAGAUACAGAGGAAAGGCGAGACAGGCUAGGCUAUAGACCAAGAAAAAUGUAUGUAUCAUUAUUACGUUCUGACAAGUCAACUGCCGCUCAUGCUUUUG